UUCUUCUUGUUCUUGUUUCAAAUUUUAAUUAAGUAAACUAAAAAAAAAAAAAUAGGAUUUCUUUUGUUUUGGUGAAAAUUUUGGGUGUUAUGAUUCUUCCAUGGACUCGAGUGUACCGUAAAACCUCCCAAAAUUUCAAUGACGUCUAACACCAAACGGAAACUCGACGAUUAUGACGUCAUCUCAUCUGAACAACAACAAGAAGAAGAACCAUACAUAACACCUCCUUCCGCCGUUAGAAUGAGAAAAGACCAAACUACCCUCACCUCUCCGCCACGUCAUCACCACCACAACAACCACACCUCCACCUCCACGUCAUCACCAGUGACGUCAUCAUCACAACUCCAGUUCUUCGUGCGGUUGUUAUGCGGCGGCAACACACUAGUACUCCACGCCACGUCAUCAGACACAGUGAAAUCAAUACACGAGAAAAUCCACGUCAUCACCGGUAUACCGAUAAUGGAACAGGGAUUGAUAUAUAAAGGAAAACAAUUACAGUUCGAACAAACGUUAAUCGAAUGCGAUAUCCAAAACGACGCUGGAUUACAACUCGUUGGACGUAUGCGAAGCACAGGUCAUCCACAAGCUUGGCAGUUAAUAAACGACCUCGUUUCGCAGAUACUUGAUCUCUGCAAAACCUUACAUUCCCGUCCUUAUACGAGCUCUAUAAAGACGAGAUUGACAGAGUUUUUAACUAUGACUCCGAGGAAUGCAACUGAACAAGCAUCGGAACAUUUGCAGAUUUUUUUAUCGUCGUGUGCUCCAGCAGCUCUGGUAAUGCUUUAUAUGUCGCAAAGUAGAGUGAAUAAAGAUACAGGUGACGAAUCAAUUCGUCAGUUUAUUAAUUCGAGUAAGACUGUUUUACCUAAACCUAUAUAUAUGCAAUGUGCUCCGAUUGUAUUACAGUUUUGUAAAUUGCUUAGUGUUGCUGCUGGUGUUGACGAUUCGUUGUAUGGUUUAUGUCGGAGUAGUUUAGGUGGUAUAGUAGAGUCGAUUGGUGUUGCGAGGUGGGAGAGUAAUGGGAGUAAAGAUGUGAUAGCGUUGUACGACAUUUUUCCAUUUGUUUGUGAGCUUGGAGCUAAGUUAUCGCAGGCUUUGGAGUCGAGUAUGGGUGAAAAUGGAUUUAUGGGUCCGUCUUUGAGUGAUGUGCGUGAUUUUACUGCGUUUUUGCGACCCGUCAGGAAUUUGAUAGAGGAUCAUGUAGCGGUGCGCAGUCUGAUUGCGUUCCCGUUGCAGGAGGAAGGGACCAGUGAGGAGCAGGAAAGCAAAAGAUUUGAGAUGUCGUAUUAUGGACAGCAGUUAAAAUGCUUGCAUGAUAUUUACUUUGAUUUGCUUGAGAAAAUGGAGGGUUGUUUAAAGAAAAUGGAAGAAUCUUUAGUAUUGAAAGAGAAAGGAGGAGCUGAGCCUUUUGCACUCAGGUGGUCUCAGUAUCUUGCAAUUCUGAAGGAGAUAAAUGGUAUAUCAAAACUUUAUAAGGGCUCGGAGGAUGAAUUUUGGGAAAAAAUGAGGCAAAGAAAAGUUUCUUUGUGUUAUCUGAUUGAUAGAUUUGCUAAACGAUCUGAAGAUCAUCAGUGGAUUCUGGAGCACAAGGAAGUGACUAAUUUUGAGGCAAGGAGGCAUUUGGCCAUGAUGAUGCUUCCAGAAGUGAAGGAUGAGUACGAGGAGCUUCAUGAGAUGCUCAUUGACCGCUCUCAGUUGCUAUCAGAAUCUUUUGAGUACAUUGCACAUGCAGAUCCCGAUUCACUACGUGGUGGCUUGUUUAUGGAAUUCAAGAAUGAAGAAGCUACGGGGCCUGGUGUCUUGAGGGAGUGGUUUUUCUUGGUAUGUCAAGCAAUCUUCAACCCUCAGAAUGCUCUGUUUGUUGCUUGCCCAAAUGAUCGUAGAAGGUUUUUCCCGAAUCCAGCAUCUAAGGUGGACCCUUUGCACCUUGAGUAUUUUGGCUUCUCAGGCAGGGUAAUUGCUUUGGCCUUAAUGCACAAAAUACAAGUUGGUGUUGUCUUUGAUCGGGUUUUCUUUUGCCAAUUGUCGGGCAAGAAUAUUUCAUUAGAUGACAUAAGGGAUGCAGAUCCAUACUUGUACAGCAGCUGCAAGCAGAUAUUGGAGAUGGAUCCGGAGAUGGUAGAUCAAGAUACUCUUGGUUUGACAUUUGUUCGCGAAGUUGAAGAGUUAGGAUCCAGGAAGGUUAUUGAGCUUUGCCCCAAUGGCAGAAGUACUGUGGUGAAUAGUAAAAACAGGGAACGGUAUGUUGAGCUUCUUAUUCAACAUCGGUUUGUCACAUCCAUUGCUGAGCAGGUAGCCCAUUUUGCUCAAGGUUUUGCUGACAUCAUAACUACCGUAAAGCUCCAGAAAUCCUUUUUCCAGAGCUUAGAUCUUGAAGAUCUUGACUGGAUGCUCCAUGGGAGCGAAACUGCUGUUUCUGUGGAAGACUGGAAAGCACAUACUGAUUAUAAUGGCUAUAAAGAAAGUGAUCCUCAAAUAUCUUGGUUUUGGAAGAUUGUUGGAUGCAUGUCACCCGAGCAGAGAAAGGUUCUCCUCUUCUUUUGGACUUCAAUAAAGUAUCUUCCUGUAGAGGGUUUUGGUGGUUUAGCUUCUAAGCUUUACAUCUACAAAACCAGAGAGUCCUACGAUCGCUUGCCUUCCUCACACACAUGCUUCUUCCGCCUAUGCUUUCCUCCGUAUCCAUCCAUGGAUGUCAUGCAAGAUCGACUUCGCAUUAUUACCCAAGAACAUGUUGGUUGCAGCUUUGGUACGUGGUGAAAUUUGGCAAUCUUUUUGGACUUGAAUCAACUCCACAUGAGUUAUGUAAUCAGCUUGUAUAUAUGUAUAGGGUAUGCUCCUAUUUGGAACUUACUUUGGUAAGGUUUCUUAGUUGGUUUAAAUGGUGGGAGGUUGUAGGUUUUGUUCCCCCCACCCCCAAUUUAACUCUAUGUUAUACAGGUAUAGUAAUCUGUUAAUAAAGCAAGAAGGGUCAAGUUUUUUCUUUUAA